AUGAGACAGAGAAACGUAACCGCGAGAAUACGUUGGAAAAGUACCGUCAUAUAUCAUUUAUUUGUUCGUGAGGAAUACGUAAAUUACAAGAAGUUGGAGACAUUUAAAAAAGCGAAAAGUUCGAGAACAUUCUUGGCGUUGGAAAAAAGUCACCAACAUUCAUUCUUAUCGAAUAAGGUUUUGGCUAACUUACUUCCACAUUUACCGUUGCUGAGAGUUCUAAGUUUGAGUAAUUUUCAUAUCAGUGAGGUACCAGAGUCAAUUGGUACUUUGAUACACUUGAGGUAUCUAAAUCUAUCUCAAACACGAAUAACACAUUUACCGGAAAGUGUGUGCAAUCUCUGCAAUUUACAAACAUUAAUUGUUUUUGGAUGUAGUAGAUUAAUUGAGUUGCCAAAGAGCUUUGUUAAGCUAAAAAACCUACGCCAUCUUGACAUUAGAGACACUCGCAUUUUUAAUCACAUUCCCUUAGAGAUUGGUGAGUUUAAAAACCUACAAACUCUUUCCAACAUCAUUAUUGGAGGUGAAGGCGGCUUUGAAAUAACCAAACUUAAAGAUUUAGAAAAUAUAUGUGGGAAAAUUUCCAUGGUGGGUUUGGACAAAGUGAAAGAUGCAACUCGUGCACGCGAGGCAAACUUGUCAGUAAAGAGGAUUAGUGACUUACAGGUUGAAUGGAGUGACGUGUUAGAUGGUCCUCGAGACAAAGAGCUAGAAAAGGAGGUCCUAAAUGAGCUAAAGCCUCAUAAAGAUUAUUUACAACAACUCAAAAUUGGAUCAUACAUUGGAUUAGAGUUUCCAAUUUGGGUAGGAGAUUCCUCGUUUGGUGGAUUGAAGCAUGUGUCUAUACGUGGCUGUAAAAAUUGUACAUCUCUACCGCCACUUGGGCAACUACCAUCAAUUAAGGAGUUGUUUCUUGAAGGCUUUGAGAGGGUGACGGUUGUUGGUAUGGAGUUUCUUGGGACUAGUCUUAGAUUCCCUUCACUUGAAAUUUUAAGUUUUGUAGAUAUGCCAGGGUGGGGGAAAUGGUCAACCAAUAAUAGGGUUGUGUUUCCAUACCUUCGACAGUGGGGAAAAUGGUCAACCAAUAGUGGCGUUGUGUUUCCAAACCUUCGACAACUUCAUAUAAGAGAUUGUCCUAAUUUGGUUGAAGUUUUACUUGAAGCGCUACCUUUAUUGAAAGUUCUAGAAAUAGUUAGAUGUGAUAGUGUUGUGUUGAAAAAGUUGGUUCAAGUAGCUUCAUCAGUCACCAAGUUGGAUAUAUGUCAUAUUUCAAGGCUUAUUGAUGUGGAGUGGAGAGAUGUUAUUAAGAAUCUGAGGGCAGUUGAAGAAUUAACCAUCACGGAUUGUAACGCAAUACGAUACUUGUGGGAAUCAGAAGCAGUUGCGAGUAAGUUUUUUGUGAAGUUAAGAAAAUUGAAAGUAGAUAAUUGUGAUAAUAUGGUGAGAUUCGGAGAGAAAGAGGUGAAGAAUUGUAGUAGCAACUUCCUAUCAUCUCUCACAAUGUUGGAUGUAUGUCGUUGUAAGAAUAUGGAGCGUUGCAGUUGUCCGGGUAGCAUUGAUAACUUGAUUGUAUAUGAAUGUACUUCAUUGACAGUUAUCUCCUUACCAUCAGGAGGGCAGAAACUGAAGUCACUUUACAUUAGUGGUUGUAAGAAACUCUCGGAAAGGGAAUGGGGAGGACACGAGAUCAUGAACAACACAAGACGCAUGCCAAUGCUUGAAGUUAUAGAUAUAUAUGAUUGGCCAGAUCUGAAAUCAGUAACUGAACUGAAGGUCUUGGUUCACCUCACCACAUUGAAAUUAAUAAAUUGUGGAAGUCUGGAGUCAUUUCCCGACAAUGAGUUGUCCAAUUUAACCUUGUUGAAGUAUCUUCAUAUAACAGAUUGUCCAAGUAUGGAUGCUUCUUUUCCUAAUGGGGUUUGGCCUCCCAACUUGCACUCCUUAACAAUAGGGAAGCUGAAGAAGCCCAUCUCACAGUGGGGCACACAGGAUCUUCCAAAUUCAGUUGUUGAACUGUACUUACAUGGUGACGAUGGAGUGGUUAGUUCUUCUCAAUUUGCUAAUUUUCUUCCUUCAUCUAUUACUCAUCUUGAAGUAAUUGCAUUUGAGAAAUUGGAAUCAUUUUCAAUGGGACUCGAACGCCUCGACUCCCUCCAACAUCUCACCUGUUUCAAAUGCCCAAACCUGAUGGAUCUACCAAAAGCGUUGUUGCAUUCACUCUUGAGUUUAAAAGUGUUGGAUUGCCCAAAACUGGAAAAAAGAUGCAGUAAAAGAGGCAGAGGCAGAGGCAGUUACUGGCGUCGCAUCUCCCAUAUCCCCUAUAUCAGCAUAGGCUCUGAAUCAUGA